AUGGAGCCGGGUGGCGUUGGUGAUUCCCGGUUCCAGAUCCCGGUUCCGUCGGGGGCCGGCGACCUCCUGUACUUCGCCUACGGCAGCAACCUGCUCCGGGAGCGGCUGGUGCUGAGCUGCCCGUCCGCAGCGCUCCGCGCCGUGGCGCGCCUGCAGGAUUAUAAACUCGCUUUUGGCCAUCACCAAGGCAGAAUAAGUCCCCUCUGGCAUGGAGGUGCAGCCACCGUGGUCCAGAGCCCUGGAGACGAAGUAUGGGGAAUAGUGUGGAAAAUGAACGCUAGCAAUUUAAGUUCCCUGGAUAAGCAGGAGGGAGUUGAAGAAGGCAUUUAUGUCCCAAUAGAAGUUAACGUCCACACUCAAGCAGGAGAGGUACUGACCUGCCGAAGCUACCAGAUGCGUGACUGUGUUUGUGGUCUCCCUUCUCCCCAGUACAAAAAGGUUAUCUGCAUGGGGGCCAGACAGAACGGCUUGCCCGCCGAGUAUCAGAAGAAACUAGAAGCUAUAGAAACCAACAACUACGCCGGCCCGGUGCCCAUCCUGGAAGAAAUCGAAGCUGCUACCAAGGCAAAGAAAAUGAAUUCUGCAUAGAGCCCUUGUGCAUCUGCUUGCCCGUUCACCCUCACGUAGCUGCCCUUCCUUUGGUGCCCAGCUGCCCCACGCCAGGAGAUGUGACGUGCAGUUUGAACACACACCAGCACUGCUGAUUUCCUCACUUUGUAUGCCUGGGUUGAUUUACUGAUUUCUUUUUGCAGAAACUGUCUUUCUGCAGUCCUCGGGCAGCGCUGCACAGGAUCUGUGCUUCAUAUCCUUCUGCUUAUAGAGCUUUUUACACGGAAAAGGCCAUCCCGCUAGGAAUUUGUGUUUCUCCCUGUCUGCGGACUAGAAUCUGCACAAUUCAAACCUUUGGUCUACACUAUUAUUAAGGAUUUCAAAGGCUUCCUGGGGUGCAAAGUACAUCUGAAACUCUCAAGCAAGAUGAAAUAUUUGUCUUUUAUUUCCUGCUGCUCCUGUUAAUGAUUGCAAGCCC